AUGUUAGGGCCACAAUGGGGUAAGGAAGAACUAGACCGGUUCUAUAAGGCAUAUCGGAAACACGGGAAAGAUUGGGAGAAGGUAGCGGCUGUGGUGCGGAACCGAUCUGUGGAAAUGGUAGAAGCUCUUUAUACUAUGAAUAAGGCUUACUUGUCUCUUCCAAAGGGCUUUGCUUCUGCUGCUGGACUAAUUGCAAUGAUGACAGAUCACUACUCUAACCUGGGAGAGAGUGACAGUGAAUUAGAAAGCAAUGGGGGCACAGUACCCUCUCGAAAAUCUCAGAAGCGUGCUCGGGUAACCAAAGGAUCAGAUGCACCACCAAUUCCAGAUCUUCUACAGUCGCAGCCAACUGCAUCAAAUUAUGGCUGCUUGUCAUUGUUAAAGAAGAGGCGGUCUGGAAGCAAGCCUUGGGCUGUUGGGAAAAGGACUCCUCGUGUGCCUGUUACAUAUUCCCAUGAUAGAGACAGUGAGAAGAAUGUUUCACCAAUUCGGCAAGCUUUGAAAGUAAAGGCUGAUGCUGUUGAUGAUGAUGUUGCUCAUGAGAUAGCGUUGGCCUUGACUGAGGCUUCCCAAAGAGGUGGCUCUCCCCAGGUUUCUCAAACUCCAAAGAGAAAAACAAAGACACCCUCACCUGCUCAACAUGAUGAACGAAUGCAUGCUGAAUCAGAGAUGAUGGGUGCCAAGUGUCGUGGUAGUGAAAUGGAUGAGGUGGGUUGUGAAUUAAGUUUAGGCAGCACAGAUGCUGACAUUAGAUAUUAUGCAAGAGAUGAAAGCUUUUGGAAGGGGAAGAGAUACCAUGGAAGGAGGCCACUGGAAGUAGAAGAAAAUUUAGACAUUCAUUUGGAUGAUGUGAGAGAAGCCUGCAGUGGGACAGAGGAAGGACAGAAACUGGAUGCUGUUGAAGAAAAAUUUGAAAUGGAGGUUGCGGAUACAAAACUUGUGAGGUCCUCCAAGGGUUCAAGAAAGAGAAGUAAGAAGGUUCUGUUUGGAGAAGUUCAAGACGUGGACUUUGAUGCCUUAGAAGCACUGGCUGAUCUAUCCUUGAGGUUGCCAGAAACACCUGUUGACACUGGGUCAUCUGCGCAUGUUGAAGAAAAGACCAGAAUUGUUGCCAAGUCUAAACUGAAAGGGAAUCGUUCUUCUCCUGGUGUAAAACCUAACUCAUUCAAGAACAAUAAACAGGGAAAAGUUUUCACUCAUAAUGUUACUUCUAUUCCAGAAGCAAAGGAAGCAGCCCAUCAGAUUAGUCCUGUGAUGCGGAAAAGAAGACAAAAGCCUUCGCCAUCAAAAAUUUUGGAAAAUGAAGAGCAUGCUGAUUCUCAUCUGGGUGAAUCUCAAAAGGUUGAGGUUACAGAAGAUGAUAAUAACUUUGUGAGUAAAGGAAAAUGCUUGCAGUAUGCCGCAUACUUGAAACAAGGGAAAUUGCUGAAACCUACAGAACGUACCUUUUCAAGUGAUCAUCAUGGAAGGGAAUCGAAUGAUUCUGCUCCAACUACCAUACAGGUUUUAUCUGCCAACCCAUUCAACUUGCCUACUAAAGUGAGGAGUAGCCGUAAGCUAAACACUCCAAAGCUGUUGGUUAAGAGAGAUUCCAAGUCUUCAGAGAAUAUUGUAAAUAGCCAAUGUAAUACUGUUAUUCCUUCAUUCCAGGACAGAGUACUUAGUCUUAAGGGAAAGCUUUCUAACUGCCUUUCCCGGUAUCUAGUGCGAAGAUGGUGUGUUUUUGAGUGGUUCUAUAGUGCAAUAGAUUAUCCAUGGUUUGCUAAAAGGGAGUUUGUUGAAUACCUAGAGCAUGUUGGAUUGGGUCAUAUCCCAAGACUAACUCGUGUUGAAUGGGGUGUCAUUCGGAGUUCCCUUGGCAAACCAAGAAGAUUUUCAGAGCAAUUUUUGAAGGAAGAAAAAGAGAAGCUUAACCAAUAUCGAGAAUCUGUUAGAGAACACUAUGCGCAACUUCGUGCUGGUACUAGGGAUGGACUACCAACUGAUUUAGCCCGACCUUUAUCAGUCGGUCAACGCAUUGUUGCUCUUCAUCCAAAGACAAGUGAGAUUCAUGAUGGAAGUGUAUUAACUGUUGAUCAUAGUCGGUUCCGUGUACAGUUUGACCGACCUGAACUAGGGGUUGAAUUUGUCAUGGAUGUCGAUUGCAUGCCUUUGAAUCCAUUGGAAAAUAUGCCUGCAUCUAUGAUGGGGCACAAUAUUGCUUUGAAUAGAUACAUCAAGAACUUAAAUGAGCUCAAAAUCAAUGGGCAACCAGCAGAGAAGAAGAUGGAAGGAUUCAAUUUUUCCCCAUGUGAGAAUCUUGAGGAUGCCAGUGUUCUUCCAUAUACUUCCCCAUCUACUUAUAAUUGCAGUGAUUUAUUACAGGAGCAAAAGGGGUGUUUAGUAGGUUCUAAUACACAAGUCAACAUUGAAGGUGAAACAGUUAAUACCCAGCAAGCAACAAAUGCCCAGCCUUCUUUUUGUGUACAGAUCCAAGCUAAGGAAGCCGAUAUCCAUGCUCUUUCUGAAUUAACUCGAGCUCUUGACAAAAAGGUUGUAUUUCUUAUUGCUAAUUACACCCAAACUUUGGAUGCUGUGACUUUGGAGGCUGUGGUGUCUGAGUUGAAGCACAUGAAUGAUGUGUUGGAAAGCCAAAAACAUGGAGAAAACUCUCUCAAGCAUUCAGAAGCUUUUAAGAAGCACUAUGCUGCAGUACUCCUACAGUUAAAUGAAGUCAAUGAGCAGGUUUCUUCUGCUAUCUUUUACUUGAGGCAACGUAACACAUACCAAGGGAACAUCCCACAUGAGUUGUUGAAGCCCAUAGCCAACAUAGACGAGGCAGCUUGCAACAGCAGCUCCUUUGAUUCUUCUGCAGAUGAUACUCAAGAACCUGGAUCUCAUGUGGUGGAAAUUUUUGAAAGUUCAAGAACAAAAGCCCAGACAAUGGUUGAUGCAGCUAUAAAGGCAAUGUCAUCCUUAAAAAAGGAAGAAAGCAGCAUUGAGAGUAUUGAGGAUGCUAUAGAUUUUGUAAAUAAUAAGCUUUCAGCAGAUGAUUUAAGCGUGCCAGCUAUUAGAUCUUCUAUCCCUGCAAGCUCAGUUCAAGGCACUCUGGCUUCUCAGGAUCAUUUAAGUUCCUGUGUUCCAAAUCCAGGGGCAAUCAACCAUGCAUCUGAUGCGAAGUUGAAAAAUUUGUCCAACCAAAUUGAAGUAAAAAUCCCUUCAGAGCUCAUAUCACAAUGUGUAGCUACUUUACUAAUGAUUCAGAAAUGUACGGAACGACAAUUUCCACCGAGUGACGUUGCCCAAGUACUGGAUUCUGCGGUUACAAGUGAGGAUCCGUCUGACUCAACGUGGGAAUUAAGGAAGUGGAGUAAAAACGGUAGCGUUUUGGUGAAGUUACAUGAGUCUCCAAUGAGCCUG